AUGCAAUACAAAGACUACCCUGUCAUUAAAGUCCUGCGGGAGCCUGUGUUUACUGAAGUGCACAUCCUGGGAAGAACUGAUACCAACCUUGUCCUUAUUCUGAGACACUGCUGGGUGACGUCCACUCCCAGCCUUAACAGCGUGCCAUGGUGGGAUCUCCUGGUUGAUGGGUGUCCCUACCGGGAUGACCAGUAUCUGACCGCCUUGGUUCCUGUGCAUGGCUCCUCUGGGCUUCAGAAUCCCACCCACUACAAAUGCUUCAGCAUCAAAAUGUUCACCUUUGUGGAUGCGGCCUCCAUUGCACCUCUAAAGGAGAAGGUAUUUAUCCACUGCAGUACAGAAGUGUGCCGUCCUUCUGCAACUGAGAGCUGUGAACAGCGAUGCAAUCGGCAAAGAAGAGACGUUUCUGCGGCACAGAAAAUACUAAAUGGAAACGGUAUUGUGGUGUCCAGCGGGGAGGUGAUUCUGAUUGGCACAGACCUGUCCGUUUCAGAUCUGGGGAUAGGUCAGUCUGAUGGUGAAGUGCCCCAGUCUCUGAACUACAGCCUACUGAAAGUGGCUGGCUCUACGAUGCUUGUUGUCUUUGUCCUGGUGCUGGCUAUGAUAUGGAGAUCAAAGCCUUCUGCUAUCAGGAUCUGA